AUGGCAGUUUUAACGAUGGAAACCUUACCUUUAGGAUUUAGAUUCAGGCCGACAGACGAAGAGCUCAUCAAUCACUACCUUAAAUUGAAGAUCAACGGUCGUCAUUCCGAGGUCGAGGUCAUUCCUGAAAUUGAUGUCUGCAAAUGGGAGCCCUGGGAUUUGCCUGGACUGUCGGUGAUAAAAUCGGACGAUCCGGAGUGGUUCUUCUUCUGCCCGCGUGACAGGAAGUACCCCAACGGCCACCGUUCCAACAGAGCAACGGAUAAAGGGUACUGGAAAGCCACGGGUAAGGAUCGAACCAUCAAGUCUAAAAAGUCACUCAUCGGCAUGAAGAAGACCUUGGUUUUUUACAAGGGCCGUGCUCCCAAGGGCCAGCGUACCAACUGGAUCAUGCACGAAUACCGCGCCACUGCCAAGGACCUUGAUGGCACCGGCCCUGGCCAGGGUGCUUUUGUUCUAUGUCGAUUGUUUCAUAAACUAGAAGAGAAGAAUGAUACUGUAAAGUACGAGGAAGUAGAACAAACUGGAUAUUCUCCUACCAUGACAAAAUCUUCUCGUGAUGACACGUCAUCGGAUCUUCUCCAAGAUACCGUGUCAUCUGAUACACAAGCUCAAAAGCCCGACAAUGUAAUGCAAAAUGGUCAAGUAACUGGUGACAGCAGCUGCAAUAGUCAUAUGACUUCUGAUGCAGAAGAUCAUGCAACAGAAGAAACUGCGGUAGAGAAAUAUCCACUCCUGGAAGGCAAUUCAAAUUUGUAUGAGCCCAAUUUUGGUGAAAUUGACUACAAAGUCUUCUCACCAAUGAACUUGCAUUUUUUUGAAGAUCUGCCAGUCUGCAUGGAUUCUCCUUAUGCAAGUGAUUUUGGCCAUGAUCAAAAUGGAUUUUAUUUCCAGGAUGGGACUGGUGAACAAGAUGUAUCUUUCUCUAUGUUGGAUGAGGUCUUAAAUAACCACGAAGGCUCCUGUGCAGCGUCAAACAGUCAGAAGAACUUGGUUGCUGGAACUGAGAUGCCCUUGUCUGGUAAUGGAUUCAUCUCAAAGACAAUACCACCGGAAACCUCAUAUAUCGAAGAAAGUGGUAUAUAUAGUGAGACAGACACUGAAAUGGCACAACUACAGUCUGAAUCAGAGGUUGGAGCUCCAAGGUGGUUUGGUGGGCAUGUUGAUAACAAGUAUUCAGUGCAAAUGCAAACUUCCUUUGAUACUGGCGAUACUCAAAGAGCACUUUAUGAUCAAGCGUUUAGAAUUGGAAAUAAUGGUAGUCUUGGAAAUUGUUCUGUUGGCCAAGCUACUUCAUAUACUGAUUCUGCAAUGGGUAAUAUUAAUAAUUUGCAACAAUUAACCAGUCUGAAAAAUAAUAUGAAUAAUGGUGGUAAUCUUGGUGGUGGAACUGGCAUGAACACUAGAACCUUUGAGCCUCCGCAGCAACCAAAUUCAGACAACUUUGCAACUCUCGGAAUUGGUACUGGAAUCAAGAUUAGAACCCGUGCACCUCAGCAAAGAGCAAAUUCAGACAACUUCGUAAAUCAGGGCACUGCUCCAAGAAGAAUACGCUUGCAAAUGAAACCUUCUAAUGGCCCAAUGAAAGUUUCUGCCGGCUGUGUUGAUGAUGGCAAAAUGAGAAGUACAGGCCUCGGUGAAGAAGAAGAAGUUCAGUCUGCUCUAACUGAGAUCACAGAAGCAGAAGCUGCAGGACAGAUUCCUAGCUCUGAUGAGUCAGAGAAAGAGAACCAGUUACUCAAGUUUGAUGGCAGCGGGGACAUUGCUGAAGAAUCUUGUACAAAACUGAGGCAGAGGGUGAAGCAAGAUGGUGAGCCUUGUAGUAGCCAAAUUGGCCCAUCAGUUCAUUCCAAGGUAGCUCCCGCGCAUCAUCGCUCAAGAUCCCUAUCAAUUGUUGUGUUCACUGUGUUCCUUAUUACAAUCUUGUUGGCUCUGUUCAUGGGAAUAUGGAGAUGCCUUAGAUUUUGAAUUCCGGAUGUUGUUGAAAUAGGCUGUCGUAGGUAGUCCGUUUUCCUCCCACUGUAUCUUUCUAGGAAAUAUGAUCAGGUUCUGUAAAUUGUGUCCCAUGUGUAUUGUUGUGAAGAUAGGGGAGUACUGUGUAAAAAUAACUGAUGCGAUGGCCUUUUUUGUUGUUAACAGUUGGCAUAGGGAGUUAUCUUCAUAUGUAGUAGGGAAGGGAGUGUUUUUUGUUAUCUAUCUUUACCUUCCCUUAUCAAAAUCUUAUGUAGCUUUGUGGUACAGCAGAUCCACUGGGAAUAUUUAGUUGAAAUCCGGAUAAGCUCUAUGAUUGAUUAAUGUAGCUUUUAAUUUCAA